AUGGCCUCCACUACCCCGUCCGUCACCGUCGAGGACGUUAUCAACAACCUCCAGCACCCCAAGAUUGUCGAGGCCUUCCUGCUCUCUCCCGUGUUUGUCACCAAGCUGCCCACCAACGUCCAGCUCUUUCUCCGCCCCAACUACCCGGUCCUCGGCCGCGCGGACAUUGACCAGGCCAAGCUCGAGGGCGAAAAGUUCACGUGGGCCAUUGUGAAUGAGCGCCGUGGCACCAACGUUGCGUCUAUUGCCGCUGGCGCCAUUGUCGACCUCGCGAUCACCGACGACGAGUUUGACGCUCUGGACAAGGCGACGUCUGCGUCGGACUUUGUCUCGUUCUUCCAGGACGGCGCCAUGCACUUCCGCGCCAACAGGCAGGACGUCGGUCCCAAGGACCCCAUGUACCGCGUGUUCACGUUCGCCCUCGAGGGCGGUGCCAUUGCCCAUGCGGCCGACUUAAAGGUGAUCCUUUCCAACGGCCCCCGCUGGCUGGCAGUGGGUGUCCAGGGCGGCCGCUUGACGUUCUCGCGGACGUUUGGCCAGCGUUCGGACGGUAAGCCCAUCGCGGCUGACCGUCCCACGACCACCAUGUACGGUGCGCUGGUCAGCAACGCCUUUGAGACUGUCAUCACUCGUGACGCCAUGGCCAGCCUCGAGGCCGCCAGGGCCGCUGCCGGUGCUCGCUAG